GUGGGGCGUAUAGCUCAGUGGUAGAGCGCCCGCUUUGCAUGCGGGAGGUCUGGGUUUCGAUCACCCAUCCGUCCAACUUUCUUUUUGACUUUUUUUUUCUUUCUUCUCUUUCGAAAAGUCUUACUCCGUACUUUUUGCAUUCGAUCAAUUUGUUUGGUACAGUAUUUGCGUUUUUUUUUUUCAUUUCCCCCCCCCCCAAAAGGUACGGUUUUUAUUCCAAGAAAAGAAUUAUUUUUUUCCUAGGCGGACUGACCUAUAUGAACGUUUCAAUUCGAAAAGAAUUUCCUCUUCCCACUUAUAAAUAGAUAAAUAAAAUAAAAAAAUUAAUAGAAAGAAGAAGAAGAAGAAGAAGAAGAGAAACAAACAAACAAACAAACAAAACGUGGAUGUAAAAUAAUUUUACUUCGAUUUAUUUAUUUUGUGUAUUUACUUCCAGGGCGAAAGGAAAAUAAAAGGGAGAAAAAAGAAAAGAGAAAAGAGAAAGGAAAGAACCAAAAAAAAAAAAAAAAAAAAAUCAGUAAAGUUG